GAGGAUGAAGAGACGCAGAGAGCGGAGUCGGUUUUUAAUGGGCAACGAAAUCACGGCAGGGAUAACGAUGAGCAGAAUAUUCCCGGGAAUCUUCCGUCGCUCCUCUUGUCGUAGCGGAGCGAAGUUGGACUGCGGCGACCCGGACCGGCCCAGCCCGGCACGUGGCCCACUCAGGUACGACCUUAUCGACUCGCUGUUCAAGAUCGACCCAAAUAAUACCGAAGGUUUAAUCGGCGGUCCCCAUUGCUUCAAUCAAUCAAUCAGAGGCACACUUUGCUUGCCGUCGGCAUUGUCAGAUUGCCGUCGUCGUCUCGAAUCAGUCUCCGCCAUCAUUCUCGGAGUGAGAACGUUGGCCAAACAGGAGACAGAUCUUGUAUUGGAAUUGCAUGCAUAUCGACAUCAGGGUUUGAUCGACUGCCGUGAAUCAAUCAUGACACGAUAUUUAGAUUUACAGAGCUUCAUUUUGCGAUCUCGUGUACUGAAGUUCUAUAGACAAGCACUAAGAACAGCUCGUCGGGCCCCUAUUCAUGCAAGAGAUGAGCUGAGACAAACCAUGAGGCAGGAAAUGGAAAAGAAUCGGCACUGUGAUGAUAGACAGAAAAUUCGCUUCUUACUAAGUGAAGGCAUGCAGAGACUGAAGGGUCUAGAUGAAAUGCUUGAUAUGAUGGGGCACAACUGAGGCAUUUGUUAGGCAUUGAUGCAUUCCUCCUUCAGAGUAAAUGUAUUGAAACUUGGUAACCUUUUAUCUUUCUCGAAGUAGAGAACUGAAAAUGAAAUAAUGAUCAAAACUGAGUCGUUCUUUCAAAUGAUCUUGUAAUUUAUGAGCUAGCAUGACUUAAUUGGAAAUCUUUUGUUUUUACAUUUGCCUUGUUGAAGUGUCAUGGAGCUACUUCUCUGCUUGCUACAUAUAUAAGCUUUGAUUUCUGAACUAAUUGGGAGGGAGUGCAAGUUUAUCGACUUGGUGAUAAACCUUCCAACAGUACAGGUCUAACUAGAUUGAUGCAGUGUAGGGUCAUGAACAAACUCUAAACUUGCCUAAAUUUUACAUUUUUUUACCAUUAUUAUACAUCUCUAAUAUAUUUUUGGUAGAAAUUCACAUGUUCAAAUUUCAGUGGAAUACUUAUAAAAAGUAAACUUUUGCUCGAGGCAUUAAGGUUAUUCUUCAGAGAAUCUCCCAGAAGAGGACAUCAAGGGAUUGCAAAAAUUAAGAACAUUGAAUCCGCUCUGACGAACACAACUGCAUUAGAAGAACUCAAGACUGAAUUGAUGAAGCUCGGAUUGAUCCUAACCAAAACUGAAAUCAAGCAACUCAUGUUCAUCUUAUCAGCUUGAAGUAUAAAUUUUGAAACUGAACCCAAGAUUUUAAAAGUCAGAUCCACAUUCUUUAACAUAAAAGAACCAAAGCUACCCUCAAUCUAACAUUUUUUUUCAGUAAACUCUUUGAAAUUUAAAAAAAAAAACACUCAGAGGUCCCUUGUAUAUUAUCUUCUCAAGCUUUUCUUAAUGAUACAGCAGUGAGAUGUGCACAACAUGCGACGCAUUUGGAUUUAUUUUUCCAUCUCUGUUCAAACACUGUCUGUUCCAAUAUAAUAACUAAACAAGACUUGUCUGUUUAAAGAACAGAGAAAAAAACAUGAAUUAUUUAUGUGCCAUUCCUUGCUGCUACUGAUUCUUCAGUUGCAUCUUCAUUUCAGCAGGGAAAUCAGGGAUAUGUUUCCUCAUUCAUGGAACAAAACAUGGAACUCAAUCUGUAUUAUGAGUAUCAGAAAUUAUUAUGAUAAAGUCUCAUGAGAUCUUUCUUUUGAGAGAAAAAUACAUCCAUUAGAAUUUAGAUUUUUCUUCUCAUCUGGUGAUUUGUCUUUAUAGGGCUGCCAUUUAUCCUCUCAUUUCUUUUAGCUGUUACUAUACUCGAAAGCAAAAUGUUACUUGACUUGCUGAUAUAUCUCACCUUAUUGCCAAUUAACUUAAAUUCUUAUCCUUCCCUUGUAGUAUAACAUCACCAAUGCCACCAACUCCCUUUCUUCCACAUAUUCUUUUAUUAUUCUGGCGGUAUUUUUUGUCAUGUCAUCUAGAUUUUGGAUGACCAUAUUUCUUUUUUUAUUAAUUCAUUUCAAAUAAAAAAUAGUUCACAAUUGGCGCAUGAGCACCGGCAGUUUUUUUUAAUUCCCUCAUUAAUGCCUAUUUAUUUCCAAUAAAGCUUAGGUAAGGAACUACAAGUGAUGCUGAAUCAUAAAUGCAAUCGGUGCUCAA